AUUCCCGCCGCGUAAGAAAGUCAAAAGUCGUACAUAUCAUAUCGAAAUAGCGAACAAAUGAAUGAUGACUCUUCCCUGUCGUCUUUACACUCUCCGCUCCCUUCUUCUUCUUCAUCGCCUCUCUGCUCUACUUCUUUCACAGCUCUUAGCUCAUUGCUUAAUUAUUACAGAUCCAUAACCAAACUCGGAAUUCGUUAAUUGCUGAAUUUGAGUUCAGAGGGGAAGAUUCAUUGAUGAAGACGGCCAAUAGAGGCAAAUUGGUCGGAGGUGGGUGGAGGACCCUAGGGUUGCCGUUCGUGUUCCUCUUGUGCCUCUGCUUCUUCCUCGCCGGUUUCUUCGGCUCCUCUCUAUUCUCUCAGCAGGAUGAAGGAUUUAUGCGGGCGAGGUCUAGGGUGCUGGAGUCGGUGGAUACGCGGCGGGAUUUUGAUCCGCUGCCGCACGGCGAGACCGGAGAGGAUUCAGUCUCUCUCAUCCCCUUUCAGGUUUUAAGCUGGUAUCCCCGUGCAUUAUACUUUCCAAAUUUUGCAACUGCAGAGCAAUGUGAAAGCAUUGUCAAAAUGGCAAAAAAACAACUCAAACCUUCAUCUUUAGCUCUUCGUAAAGGGGAAACGGCAGCAAGCACACAGGGAAUAAGGACAAGUUCUGGCAUGUUUAUAAGUGCAUCAGAAGACAAAACAGGAACUUUGGAUGUCAUUGAGGAGAAAAUUGCUAAGGUGACAAUGAUUCCCAGGUCUAAUGGAGAGGCAUUUAAUGUUUUGCGCUAUGAAAUUGGCCAAAGCUAUCAUUCUCAUUAUGACGCAUUCAAUCCCGCUGAAUAUGGCCCACAGAAGAGCCAAAGGGUUGCUUCAUUCUUGUUAUACCUUUCAGAUGUUGAAGAAGGUGGGGAAACCAUGUUCCCUUUUGAGUAUGGGCAGAACAUGGAUGGUAAUUAUGACUUCCGCAGGUGUGAAGGUUUAAAAGUAAAGCCCCGCAAAGGGGAUGGACUUCUAUUCUAUUCGCUUCUUCUAAAUGGCACAAUCGAUGCGACCUCGCUUCAUGGGAGCUGUCCAGUGAUCAAAGGAGAAAAAUGGGUGGCAACAAAGUGGAUCAGGGAUCAAGAACAAGAUGACUAAAUGCACCCCACCCCCAUUCUACCAAUAACAAUGUUACCUAGUGGAAUAUAUUAUUUAGUUCUUUUUGGUCACCAUUUGUGAAAGAUAUUCCCUGUAUCAUAAUGAGGAAAUAGUGCAAUUUUAUUUUUUUUACA